AUGUCUGCGCCAGAGCCUGACAAUCAGUCACGCGACCUCGUGCUCCCGGACCUCUCUGGGGCAGUCCCUACCUCCGCAGAUUCAAGGGCCAAGCGCCGUAUUGCUGCGUUGGAAGAAGAACUGCAGACGAUGAGGCAGGACAGAGGAACGAAGCAAAGAAAGACGACGUACUACGUUGCUCAGGGCAGGGCAGUUCGCCGCAUGGUCGUCCUUUACACUAACGUGGAGGAUUUGAUCGCCGAAAACGAUCGCAGGUGCGAGCCAGGCCUGGUGAACGGCGCGGUGCAGGACACUACCCCAGAGCAAGAUCGCCUGCAGCGUGGCUACCUCGCACUCUCGCAGUCUCUGCCGUGGCUGCAUCUCAAGCUUGCCGAUUUUGAAGUCGAUGAAUCUGAGGACAUGUUAAAAAAGAUCAAAAGAGGAGCCGAUGCGGCCCGCGGCGACGACACUUCCACUCUGAAGGACCUCGUUGCUGCCUGGGUCAACCAGGAUUUUCGUCCGUCCACGCUACUCAGGUCCAACGACAAGCAGUUGCGCGGCUUCGCGCAUGACAUUUGCGGGAAGUUGCUCUGCCCCGCCGAGUGGGAUUGGAGUGACGGCCGCGUGAAGGCCGGGAUUCGCGAAAGAACAUCCGACUACAUCGUGUCGGAAAAUUCGUGGCCGCUGUUCGUAUACGAGAAUUACGCCAUCGAUGAUAGAAACCUGGAGAAAGGUCUUUUCAGGUCCAAACUUCUGGUUCAGGCCUUCAAAGCUAUCUUCACAUCUCCGUCUUCCGCAAGGGACGCUGAUGGAGAUGGCGACGGAGCUGACAUUCUAGAGAACAAUAGGCGCGCUCGACGGUCGUCGAACGAUAAAGUCAAAGUUCGUUUCGCGCUGUCUAGCGUCUCGUCUUGGCGUACCGUCGACGGCGACUUCGAUUACGCGGGAUUCUGGAAUAACAUCGUCGACUUCUUCGAGGACGUCCCUGGCCCUGUCGCAAAACAUAGGGUAGCCAAGCUUUUGGAGUGGUGGACGAGAAAGAUUUUCGGCAAAAAUCAUCGCCAGGACCUAACUCCGGAAGUCGUGUCCAAGAUGUCCGUCACAGCGCUAGCUGAGCAGAGAAAGGCGCUAGAGGACGCCGCUUAUGACUCGGAGUAG